AUAUAACUCAGAACGGAGAGACUGGAUCGGUGAGGAAUGCUCCAGAAUUCCCCCAAAUCCUCUUCGUGCCAUCUCCAAUCCCUAGCCCAAAUCUUACAAAUCCCACAUGAUUUUCAUCAUGGCAUCAGGGCAGGUUAAUCUGAUGUGAUUUUGAUCUUGAUGGCGGCUGAUUGAGGCGCUGUGUCGCCGUGAUUUCUGGCUGUGGGUGUUGGUUGCUGCGCACCCAUCUCCGUCGUACGCCGGCGGCCGCUGUUCUCUCGAAGCUGCGGAAGGAGCACCGCGACCGGCGUACUGUUGCCUGCCGCAUCGCCGACCACCGUCUGGUGCGGCUGCGCUGGAUGCUGUAUGCUUGGGCUGGUCCAUCAGGAAAUUACUUGGUGAUGCUGCGUCGCCCAUGUCCAAGCAGUAAGCUAGCUUGCUAGGUGUCCGAUUGAUUGCAAGGCUAGCUGAUUGAUAGUGGUGCGUGCAUUUGGUGCUUCUCCUGGUCUAGUCCCGUGAGAUUUGGUCAGGCGUGCAUACAAGUACAGUUCACUUUUCUUUGUCACUGCAUUUGGUCAUAUGUGUGAGAAGAAAAUAGUGUGUGCGCCUUCCUCUGGACAAUUGUGAUUAGUGCCGCUGGAAAGCUCGUAUUGCUGGGUGUCCGGAUUAAAAUACUCUGCUCGUGCCUGUGUGCAUUUGAGAGCAACUCGUAGAAGUACAUCUACUUGCCAUCAACAUUUUGUACUAGUGUACUGUUGCUAGCGGAGUGCUGCAAAAUCAAGUCAUGUGUGACUAGCUCCUGGUUGGGUUGUAGUGAGUCAUGGAAGAUCCAACCAAGGAGAAAUCAGGGGAUUCUAGUGUGGAUAAGUUGUAUGAGAUUUUAAGCAAAGUAUUUGAGCAGCAACAGCAACAACUCAAAGUGGUUCCUGAAGCAAUCAAGUAUGCACUUGAGCCUAAUCCAGUAAAGUUGGGUGGACCGAGCAAUUACAUCAGCUGGGCGCGUCAUGCCCAGUUAAUUCUGAAUUCUCAUGGCUAUGAAGAAUUGCUUAGUGCUGAUGAAGAGAAACUGAAAAGUGGCACUAGCACAAAACAAAUUAAUGAUAGAGUGUUGGUCUGGUUAUUAGGAAGCAUGGAACCACCUAUUCGAGAACAAGUUGAGACUAUGACUACUAUAUUUGAAGUGUGGAAAGCUUUGGAGAAGCAAUUUUCAGGAAAGUCAAAUAAGAUGCAGGCUACUCGCAUCAUGCAUGAGUUGACUAACUUGAAGCAAGGCUCGAAAUCAGUGACUGAGUAUGCAGGUGAGAUGAAGAGACUGUACAGGGAGUUGCAUUAUUACCACCCUUUUGAGCCUGUUGAUAAGAAUGACAUGACUGUUCACCAUACCUGGUUUGAACCGUUUGUGGGCAAGCUCUUCCUCGAUGGCCUAAAUCAGGAGUUUGAUCUCCGUCGCCAGCUUAUAUUCUCCAAGACUGAAUGGCUAAGCCUUGACGAUAUCAUUUCCAGUGUGAUUGAGGAGGAGACUCGUCUUGCUCAACCCAAGGAGCAUGGUCAAGAAAAAUCAGAUGCACGUGCAGCCCUAUCCAUACAAGCUCGUCGUGCUCCUAAGUCCUUUCGUAAAAUAGAUAAAAGCAAACUUUUUUGCAACCAUUGCAAAAGGCCUGGACACACAAAGGAUGCAUGUUUUGAACUGCAUGGCUAUCCAACUUGGUGGGAAAAAGGAAAGUCUCAGCCAGGGGGAGGUCAGGGAGCUCAUAAAAGACAAGCUAACCUCACUACAUCCAAGGGGGGGCUACCGGUGGUAGAUGUGCAAGCUCUUGAGGAUUUCACCUCCAAGCUUAGUCUCUCAGAAGACUUGUCUUCCUCCCAGGAUUCCUCUACAGUUGAAUCUAGUUUCCAUGCUACUUCACACAAAGGAGCUAGGGACAGGGAGACUAUUGGGGACUGGGACCGUGCAUGAUGGACUCUACUAUCUUGAUGAAGGAAGUGAUGAAGUUGCUUUUGCGUUAUGCUUGUCUCCUAGUCAAGAACUACUACUAUACCAUCGCAGGCUUGGGCAUCUCUCUUUUGUUGCACUGUUUCGUAUUUACCCCUCUCUUUUCAAAUUGUGUCCUAGGGAGAUCCUUGCAUGUGAUGCUUGUGAAUUGGCUAAACAUACAAGGGGUUCAUAUCCUAGUAUAGGAUUAAGAAGUGGCAAACCAUUUGAAAUGAUUCACUCAGAUGUUUGGGGACCUUGUGAGGUUCGUUCAAUUUUUGGGCAUCGAUGGUUUGUAACUUUUAUCGAUUGCUUUAGUCGCUACACUUGGCUUUAUCUCCUGAAGCAUAAGAGUGAUGUGUGCUCGGUUUUUAA